CGCUUUGCCUUUGCUUGAGAAAGCCGCCACAGCGGAAGAUCCGGCUAGAGUGAUUAAUAUUGGUUCAAUCGACGGUGAAAGGACUCCAUCACAUGAGACUUACGCUUAUUCUACCUCAAAAGCUGCUCUGCGUCAUCUAACAAAGGUGAUGGCCGGCAAUCUGUCAAAUCGGAAUAUCACUUUUAAUUCUGUAGCCCCCGGUCCGUUCGAGUCGAAAAUGAUGAAAAAAACGCUCCAAGAUUAUGGUGACGCAAUUAAAGCUGCUGUACCUUUGAAUCGAAUUGGCAGUCCAGAAGAUAUGGCCGUAGAGCAGGUGCUUUUACUAAUGGUGCCACCGUUAAUGUGGAUGGCGGGACGUUAUGUAGACCCUUCAAAUUAUAACUCGGAUCUCACCGAGGUUACUAAAGUUGAAAUUAACAAGUCUCAUUGGGAGAUGCGCAAAUUAUAG